UAGGCAACUAGAAGCGCACAUGUUUCGCUGAAAAUGGCCUGAAAUCCAUACUCAAACAAUCGCCCGCGCGAUUUCUGGAAGCCAGGCGGUCGACAUCAAGGCCGAACGCUAGCCAAGCUCGGCCCAAUGUGCUACUAUCGAUGAUGGGGGUUUCAAGCAAAGUGCGACUGUCGUUGCUCUUGCUGCCAAGAGUAGCCGUCGCACUCCUUGGAUAUGCUUAUAUUCAUCCCGACGAAUGGCACCAGAGUGGAGAGUAUCUUGCGUUGCAAUACGCAGGCAUCCCGACUGUGCUUCCCUGGGAGUUUGAGAUAGCACUUCCAUGCCGCUCAGUCGCAAGCAUUUCUUUUUUCAAUGCACCCUUCAUCGGUCUGACCUACUUGCGAUCUCAUCUCGGGUUCGGUCCAUCAGCAAGAGACCUCUUCUUGGUUCAGCGGGGCACAUUCGUGGUGUACUCCUUCCUCAAUGACUGGAUGGUACGGUGGCUUUGUCGCAAGCAUGAUAAAGCGUACCGUAGCACGGUGCGUCUGCUGCUCAGCACUUCGCACGCCGGAGUCGUCUUCAUGGCCAGGCCGUUUACAAACAGCAUUGAAGCCGUACUUUUAACCGCGGCAUUCUGCUGCGUGGACAGUCUCAGUGAGCUACCCGACCAGCUGUAUUACACCAGUUCCAAGUCAUCGCUACGCGCAGCGCUGUGGACCCAUUGGGCAAUUCGCAGCUUCUCCCUUGGUGCCUGCUUUGCUUUUGGCUUCUUCGCUCGGUUCACGUUCGCCAUUUUCGCUCUGCCAUGCGGCCUCCUGUACCUCUACAUAGCGGGCACAAUGCGUGGCUCAUUCCGUACUGCCUCACUUGUCCCCGCCGCCCUACCAGCAGCCGCGGGUUUCGCAAUCGUCAGCGCAGCGCACAUCCUUUUCGACACGAUUCACUUUCGGAGGAGAGAGCUUUGGCCGCCUGUAAUCACCCCGGUCAAUGCUUUCAGCUACAACUUGCAAGCGCAAAAUCUGGCAAGGCACGGUAUACAUCCUCGCUGGUUGCAUGUGUUGGUGAAUGCGCCCAUGCUGCUCGGGGUCCCAGCAUAUGGCUGCUUCCUUUUCAUGAUGUUGACGCCACGGCCGUUCGCAAGGCAGAAGUCGGCCAGCAUGGCGCCGCUACAGCCGCUGUGCCUCGCGACGAUUGUCUGCGGAUUAGCGCUACUAUCAAUUCAGCCUCACCAAGAGCCGCGAUUCUUGCUCGCUUUAAUCACCCCUGUCACCUUGAUCUUUGCAACUCAAGCGCAGAACAACAGGCGAUGGCGCAAGUGGCUGAUCCGUCUGCACAUCCUGCAAAGCAUUGCAAUGGUCGCGCUCUUUGGCUUUUUGCAUCAGGCAGGCGUGACGCCGUCCCUUCUGCAAAUCAACGACGCAGUGCGGGCUGUUCAGGCUGGCCGUCCGCACGGCCAACGCUUGAUUUAUGCCCGGCCUGGCGACACAGCGGUAUCCGUGCACGUAUGGUCAUGGAAGCUGUUCAUGCCGCCCGCGCACCAGGUCGUCUCUACACGCGCGGGCUGCAUGUAUGGGUUCGGUACCGCCCGCGACGGCCCUGCAGUCACGGUGACUCUGUACGACCCCCCUGGGGAGGAGUUGCACGAGUUAGCGGCGCUCGUCGACCACAAAGUGCAGGAGGAUGCGCAGAAAGGACUGCGACAGACGCACCUCGUCCUCGCGCCGUCGUGGGAUGACCUCGCGCUGCAGGCAGAGCAGCCUGGUACACACGGCGCGAAUUUCAGCAUGCAACUCGUGCACUCCGUCGGCCCGCACUUGGACCUGGACCACCUGCCGCAGUUGAUACAGAGGUGGAGGCGCGCUGCGUCGUGGUGGCCAGAAAUGCAUGUCGAGAUUUUUCGCGUGACGCGCACACCCAGCGGGCUCUUGCCUGCAGAGGAUCUGGGUAGUUGACGUUCUGGACAGUACGAACAAGAAUCCAUUCCUCGCCUGAGCGCGUCUUCGCGCAAAGCCUAUAUGCAGGGAAAAUCGAUGAUGCCAUAUUGUUGUGACGAUAUGUACACUGCGAUGCAUAGUAACGAGAAAUGAAAGGAG